AGCCAGGCCGCGGGCGGAGCUGCCCGGCCAGCUCCCUCCCUUCUCCCCCGCCGGGGGUCUCCACGCAAGGGCGGCGGCUGCUGCGGCUCCCGCUCCCCGCUGCCGCCCCACGCCGGGCCCUCUCGCCGCCUCCGCUCCUGCUGCCUGGCGGGGCCUGGAGCGAUGCUUCGCCGGUGAUGUCCGCGGAACACGAGAAGGACCCCGCCGCGGCGCUCAAGAGGCCCCGAGGUGGGAAGGAGCGGCCGCGCCAGGCCCCGGCCCGGAGGUGGAGGUGGCGGCGCCCUCGCCUCGCCUGGCCGCCGCCGCCGGGAGAGCGGGGCGGCCUCUCUUCCCUCCGGCCGGGCCAGGCCAGGGAAGCCUCCCGGUCCCUUGGCGAGCCCCUCUCCGGCCGCCUCCUGGCUCUCGAGCCCCCGAAGGGGCGCCUCGGCCCCGCCGUGCCUUCUGCGGCAGGAGGGGGGCCUUCCCUCCCAAGGGUUCUCGGAGGGGCUCCUCGGACGCCUCUGCAGGGCUGGUGCCUGGGCGGCAGGGGGAGGACAAAGCGGGGGGCGGCGGUGCCCUGGGGUUGCUGACUCGGGAUUGAUUGUUUGCCGUGUGACUGAGAAAGGGCCCCGUCCUUCUUGGGAGAUGCACCCAUUCAGACACUCGUAGGCCUCAAGGAUCAUUGCCAGGGAAGGGCGCUGAGAGAGAGGGAGAACACAGAUCGGCACGCGGUCCGAUUCCGACAACCGUCCAGCAAGCCCGGGAGCAUUCCUGAGGCACCUUGAAUGGAGAAGGGUCGGGAGCUCGGCACACAGGCAGCAGGGACUGCUGUGGUGGUUUUUUUUGCAAAGCUUCCAACUACCUUGCUAAAGGCAAAACAUCUUAAGGCUGCUACUAUGCUGAAUUUUUGGAAUGAAAAGGGAAUGACUUGUCUCAGCUGCAUUCCAGUCUUGUUCCUCCUCCUCCUUUGCUGAUCACUCAUAGACGAGUAAGAUUGUCUUCCAUAAACACGGUUUUAACAAUGAGUCCGUAAGUGACUGUGGAAGCCAAUUCUGGACCCACACGUCCUUCCACAGUGGGGACAUUGGUUCCCGGGUGGGAGUUGAUCACGGUGUGGAUUUGCCAAUCUUAGCAUGUUUCUCCCUUGCGUUCUGAGUUUGAGUGUCUUCAAAGUCCAUGACACCUUUGGUAAAGGCUGUUCUCCAACUGGAGCGCUCCCAGUUUAGACUACAUUUUUUAAGAUUUGCCUUGAGACAGUCUUUAAACCUCUUUUGUUGACCACCAGCAUUACGCUUUCCAUUUUUAAGUUCGGAAUAGAGUAGUUGCUUUGGAAGACAAUAAUCAGUGUAGGUCUUAAAGCUCCCUAAUCACUAAUUGUCAUCACUAAUUGAGAUCACUAAUUGUCAUCACUUGCUGAAGCCUUCAUUUAACUUGGGGCCACAAGAUUCUCAGAGUACCAAAGAGAACAGUCAUUUUUGGAUGUUUCCUUCACCUUAGAGAGUUGUGUCUUAAUUGCAAAGUUCCAAGUCUUGUCUGUUUCCAAUUUCUCACUGUGCUACAUAUUCACAUACAGUGGUACCUUGGUUUGCAACCGUUUUGGAUUACAACCGUUUUGGAUUACAACCACGUCAAAUCCUGAAGUGUGUGUCUGUUUUUUUGGAUUACAACCCUUUUUUUUUUUUUUGAGGCCCCAUUGGCGAAAGCGUGUCUUGGGUUACAACCUGUUUUGGUUUACAGCCGGACCUCCGGAGUGGAUUAUGGUUGUAAACCAAGGUAUCACUGUAUUUUUGUACAUCCUCCCAGUAGCUUAACCAUAUAAUUCUGAAGGCAUGUAGUUGGCUAGAAUCUACCCAAAACAGAACACAGCACCCAUAUAAGUGAGAGAGAGGUAUGUUUCAAUCCAUAGGAGAAGACACAGUUGAUGCCCAGCUGUGAAAUAAAAGACUGGUUACUAGUAACAUAUCUUAAGUUAUGUGAAGUACUGUAUCUUAGUCUGAUUGCAGAAAUUCUCUGUACUGCCAUUUCUCUGGACAGCAAUGCUAAGUAAAUGCAUGUUACAUAGACACAUAUUGAACAGCUCGACUUGCCUGCACAAUCCAUAAUCUUGUCAAAAAGUUAACUACAUAACAGUAUAAUCUUAUAGGUGGUGACGGUGGAUUGGAUGGGUUAGGAGGCCCAGGUGUGCAGCUUGGCAGUCCAGAUAAGAAAAAGCGCAAGUCAAAUGUUCAGGUAAGCUGCCUUGUGCCUCUUCCCUUUGGCUGGAAAAUCUAAACUCGCCUGACUCUUCCCCUGUGGGGGUUCCUAUCUCUUUCCUUAAAAAAAAAAAAUUAAAUAUAAUUUUCAUUUAUAUACAUUACAACAAUAGUUCAGCAAUAAUUCUAACAUUUCAAACCUUGACUUCCUUCCCCUCUAUCUGUGUUUCCUUAUAUUUAUUUUCACAUUCUCUGCAUACUCUAAAUGAUAUUAACUUAUUCUUUUAAUCAUCUGUUUUCAUAUAUAUUUUUGGAACUGCAGGUUUUUACAAUAAUCCUGCCAAUGUCUUAAUCUGUUUACAGUUUAUUUGUAAAUAUUCAACAAACCAUUUCCAUUCCUUUAUAAAAAAUUUAGCAUCUUGAUAUCUUAUUCUUCUGAUAAGCUUCACUAUUUCUACAUAGUCUAUUAGUUUCAGUAUCCAUUCUUCUUUCAUCAGGACAUCUUCCCACUUUGAGGCAAAUAACAUUCUUGCAGCUGUAGUUGCAUACAUAAAUAAAUUUCUAUACUGUGUAGGUAGUUCUGAUCCUAUAAGAAGGAUUCCCAAGAAAAAAGCUUUCCCAGUAAGCUUUAACCUUAUUACAAGACCACCACAUGUGAAAAAAUGUACCUUCUUUCUCUUUACAUUUCCAUCACUUAAUUCACUUUUGAUUUAUACAUUUUUGCAAGUCAGCUAAGUGUUAAAUACCAUCUAUAUAACAUUUUCAUAUAAUUUUCUCUUAUACCAUAGCCUGCUGUAAAUUUUAUGUCCGUAUUCCACAAUUGCUCCCAUGCUUCCAUUUCUAUGUUAUGACCAAUAUCUAUUGCCCAGUGUAUCAUUAUACAUUUUAGACAUCACUUUAACAUGACAGUCUAACAGAUCUCUCUCUAAUUGUGAUAAUUGUAUUUAACACUUAGUCGACUUGCAAAAAUGUAUUGGCUGGAAAGGACCAACCGGUGGUUUGAGGUGAUGACCAAUAUGUGACCGGCCUUGUAUGUGAGUACUAUGGUCCUCUUGAAAGGGAGUUUGUGCAGGCAGCAGCUGCAGGAGUGGGCAUACUAUGAAGAAUGGAAAGACUAAUGCUUUUGCAGUGGAGGAAUCCUAAAUGGAUUCUGAGGCCAGCAACCCACCUUUGUAACAGACACAGAUGUUUCAUUUCAUGAGAUGAGGGGAUCCUCAGGUUUGGCCUUCUCUUCUGUUGGAAUUCCAAGUAAUCUUGAUUUCUGAUUUAACAUUUCCAGGGGUCAUCCUUUCCUCCACCAUCUGAAUAUGCGCCUCCACCAAAUCCCAGCUCUGAUCACCUUGUAGCUGCAAAUCCGUUUGAUGACAACUACAACAAUCUUUCUUACAAGCCGUUGCCAUUGGGGAACCCAUAUUUUGCCAAUCCCAGCUACCCAGGCUUUGGAGGCUACAACACGUUCAGGAUGCCACCGCAGAUGGUUCCCAGGAUGUCCUCACCAUACGGUGCUACUUACCCACUUAGAAACCAGCCACACCCAUUUCCCCAGAACCCAGUGGGAAUGGUCUACAACCGGCCUCAACCAAUUAACUUUGGGCCACAUGAAAAUGUGUCUUUUGGAAACCAGCCAUCCUAUAACAGUAACAUGAAUCAGAAUGUUGGCAUGUCCGGCCAACACUUCAGGCCGAACCCUGGUGAGAAUUUUGGUCACAUUCCUUCACAGAACACAACACAGAUGUCACCCCAUGACAUGCCAUUGCACUUUGGACCUGGCGGCAACCCCAAUUUCAACAAUUCCCAGAUGGAGUCAAACCAUUCUUUCUUUCCCUCGCCAAACAAUUACAACCAGGCAAAGCCUUUGCAAAAGCAAGGUGCAAAUAAGCACAACCACCCCCCGCCACAACAUCAUCUGCACGGCCCAGAGGACACUGCGAACUCAGGAAACACAGAUAUAAAGACUGUGAAUCGAAAUAACCCAUCAAACCAGGAGAGCAUCCCUUCUAAAAAUGUUGAAAAUCUGAACAGCAAUCAUGCGAAUGGGGCUCAGAACAAGCCCCGGCUCCCCAGCCGAGGUCCAGCUGAAGGAGGCAGCUCUGAGAAGGGCAGCAAAAUGCCCCUACACCCUGGUCAGCAUGGUCACGCCGCCUCUGAGCCAGUCUAUCCUUGUGGGAUUUGUACCCACGAAGUGAACGAUGACCAGGAUGCCAUCUUGUGUGAAGCUUCUUGUCAAAAAUGGUUUCAUCGGAUCUGCACAGGCAUGACGGAAUCUGCCUACGGACUGCUCACUGCAGAAGCAUCGGCAGUGUGGGGCUGUGACACCUGCAUGGCGGACAAGGAUGUUCAGCUGAUGCGCACCAGAGAAACAGCUGGGCCACUAGUGUUGAAUGCUGAUGCGUGAUGCCCAUCCUGGUUCCUUCAGAUACUCAACUGGCUGCCAUUUGUACGGUGUUUCCUUUUUCAGUCAUGGGUGGGCUUUGUUUGCUUUCUUUUGAGCAAUUGGUCUUCACUUUCUGCCCAAGUGCAUUAAGAUUUUACCAGGAGAACUUCUAUCAAAUGCUCAACUGACGAUUAAGUGCCAAUAUGGCUUUACUCACAUGGAAAGUUUGGGGGUAUGUAAACAUCUGCCUUUGUGGAUCACUUUGCCCAGGGCUAUUCCACUUGGCAGUGUUGGAGGAACCAUAUACUGAUUUAUCUUUUGAGUACAUGGUAGUUAAUUCUGUCCUCUGUUUGGGAGCCUUUCUUAAGUUCUGAAGGUUGAGGGCAUGACACAGGGAGAAGGAUCAAGCAAUAUUUAUUUUAAAAUGAUCACCAGGAAUGUCAAACUAUUUGUAUAAGUAGCUGAAAACCUCAAGUCAUAUUAACCUCCUUUUCACAUUUUGAUUUAGCUUGCUCUUUCAGAACAUAUUGGUGAGCUUUGAAGAUAAGGAACAGGUCCAUUUUUAGUGAAUUCUGAAGACUUACUCAGUGGGCAUCUCUUUAAUGGUCUUUAGCAGCCUGUUUCCAAACACAUUUACUCAGCAAGAACUCUUGUAGUUUUCAUUGGCCAAGUGAGCAUCAAUAAGACUAAGUGCAUAAAAGCUCAGCAGGCCUGAAUGUUUUUUUUCUUCCCUUUUUUCAAAAAGGGAUUGAGGUUUGUAUGUCUGUGAUAUUAAUACACACUCACCCUUUCCAAGACCCAUCAUGUCCUCCGCAAUGGCAUUGCAAGACCAUGAAGUGUGAUGCUGCCAUCCCAGUGUUGGCUGUCUUGGAACUCCAUUGUGGUGCUAGAUUAGAGUUCUGGGCUCUUUAGACCUUUUUGUGUGAUGAAUGUAAUCCAGAUAAAUUUGCUAGUAUGGUAAAUUGUUCAAGUCCCACUGUCUUCAGAGGGACUUGACUUAUUAAGCAUGCUAACUUUUCUUUGGCUUGGGAAUGUGCAUUUGGUUCCACAUGGACUUACUCUGGUGCCUGCUGUACAGAAUUUACUGUUGCACAUAGGCAGCCUCUGUCUCCCUUUUUCCUGCCCUCAAUCACAGCUAGCUUGCACAUUUGGCUUUGUUUGUAACUCUUGCUUUAGUGUGUUUUUGUGUCCGCUCAGCUGCUCUUUGCAGUGCUUGCUUUCCCAUACAGUUCAGGGUCUGCCCUGGGACCCUGGCUGCUCGCUCAGAUGUCCACUGCCAUCGCAUGCUCCUUCCUCUGCUGCUUGCAGUUGAGCUUCUCAGCUCUGCUGCUGUUUUUGUUUUGCUUCUGGCUGUGUUCUUGAAAACUGCUUGUCUUUGGAGGGUAUAAUGUCUCCCUCCAGGGAAGGGAAGGUCACGCCCAGCAUUUUUCUCCUCUACUCGCCCCAGUGUAAUUGCCUUUGGGGAUUUGAUACAGUAGAUCAGGUGCAGAGACCAGAGUGCAGGGCACAAACAAUAGCCCGGGUUUCCCAACUCUUUAAUAUCUAAAGCCUGUCUGGAAAAGACCUUAGGUCAGUGUUUUUCUCCAUUACAAAAAGUCUUUUUUCACUUCCGUGGGAACCCCAAGCUCUUCCAACACAUUGUGGCUUCACUGAUCUCCUCUAAAGUGAGGUUUACAGAGCACAUGAAUUUCUGAAUAAUGCUGGAGGAAUGAGCAGCUGUUGCAGCUAUGGAUGGUUGGUGGAAAUUCUACUGCGUUUUAGCCUCAUUUUUUUUCUCAUUAAAAUAAUAAUAAUAAUAAUAAUAAUAAUAAUAAUAAUAAUAAUAUAUUUGUACCCCACCCAUCUGGCUGGGUUUCCCCAGCCAUUCUGAGUGCCUCCCAACAGAAUAUUAAAAACAUGAUAAAAGAUCAAACAUUAAAAACUUCCCUAAACAAGGUUGCUUUCAGAUGUCUUCUAAAAGUCAGAUAGUUGUUUAUUUCCUUGACAUCUGAUGGGAGGGCGUUCCACAGGAAGGGUGCACUACUGAGACACAGGCAGCCUGAGCGGCCCACAAAGGAUAUCUGCGGGCAGAACUGUACAUGUUCUGUUGGCAUGCCUUGUUUGAAUUAUAAUUCCCCAAGGCCUUUGAUGUUUGAAUUAGAUGAAUUUAACCUUGUAGCCCAUCUAGAGAAGAGUCAGUCCUCUGUGGGCUGUACCCAACCCACACUUCUCUGUUUAAACCAGGCAUAGGCAAAAUCGGCCCUCCAGAUGUUUUGGGACAACAACUCCCAUUAUCACUGACCACUGGUCCUGUUAGCUAGGAAUGAGCUAGCCACUGAUCCACGCAACGGUCACCUCCAGACUGGAUUAUUGUAACUCGCUCUAUGUGGGGCUGCCCUUGAGACUGACCCAGAAACUCCAGCGGGUGCAGAAUGCCGCGGCGAGACUUACAGGCUCCUCACUGCGGGAUCACAUUCACCCGGUGCUGUACCAGCAGCACUGGCUCCUGGUGGAGUACAGGAUCAGGUUUAAGGUGCUGGUUUUAACCUUUAAAGCCCUAUACGGCCUAGGACCCUUGUACCCACGGGACCACCUCUCCUGGUAUGUCCCACAGAGGACCUUAUGGUCUUCAAACAAAAACAUCCUGAAGGUCCCGGGCCACAGAGAGGUUAGGCUGGCCUCAACCAGAGCCAGGGCUUUUCGGCUGUGGCUCCGAUCUGGUGGAACGCUCUGUCACAAGAGACUAGGGCCCUGCGGGACUUGACAUCUUUCUGCAGGGCCUGCAAGACAGAGUUGUUCCACCAGGCCUUUGGCCAGGGCACAGCCUGACUCCCUCCUUUGGCAAUCCUCACAAAACUCCAGCCCAAUGGUUGCCAUUAAUCUGAUUUGAAUUGAUUUUAUAAUGAAAUGAUUUUAGAAUGCGGUAUCAUUUUACUGUUGUUAGCCGCUCUGAGCCCAGCUUCGGCUGGGGAGGGCGGGAUAGAAAUAAUAAUAAUAAUAAUAAUAAUAAUUUAUUAUUAUAGUCCCAAAACAUCUGAAGGGCCGAGUUUGCCUACACUUAGUUUAACUGAAGCUUAAAUCCAAGAACGGCUGCAGCAACCACAAAACUGACUGUGAAGCGGACAAAUGCUGGCUCCCUCGGCCUGUAAAGCGAAACGAGCGCCGCAACCCCAGAGUCGUUCGCAACUGGACUUAACUGUCAGGGGUCCCUUUACCUUUACCUUUUAGUGUGCAGAAAAUACUUCUAAGUUACAGUAAAAUAAAAGUUGGUAGUCUUAACUAACAUGGCUGAAAGCAUGUGCAUCUGGUCAGCUUGGAGGCAUAGUGGAAAGAGAGAGUCCCCUUACAGGCAAAAGGAAAGAAAAAGGAUUGUCUCAUUUGUUAUAGAGUUCCCUCCCAGCGGAGGCAAAGGAAGUGACCACACACAAGAGGGUUCUCUGUAGAAAAUUCAAGAAUUCUCUGUGCUUGUCUAGCAAAACAUCCAUUUGUGAUUUUGACUGUAAACCGCACAGCUUCCCUCCCUCUUCAGCCCUGGGUUCUUGAGAUCAUGUAACCUACAGGAGGCAGUGUGUGCCUCAGUCUAGUCCCCUCUUUGUGACCUCAUGAGGCCUUUCUCCCAGCCUAUUCUGCUGGGGCUGAGAGGCCUAGGUGGGCUGUCAUUAGCCUGGCCUGUUAAUGAGAUUUUGAAAUAAGGCAAGGGAGUUUUAUUCCAGAGUAAGCUGUGAUAUAAAUGAGCUCUGUGAGAGCUUGUGGGAGUUUGAAUGCCAACUCUGCACUCUCAUUAGUAGGGAUUCUGAAUUAUCCAACCAAAUUCCUCUUCACGGACUCUCCACCAAAGAAUGGUCUUCCCUUUAGUAAGGCAAAGUUGAGAUGUCAGAGGGGCUUGUACUUUCUCUCUUUUGUGGCCAUGCACCAGCACACCCUGGAGGGUUCCAGCAAAAUAGCAAAAUAUGUGUAACCUACUACCAUUGCUGCUGCUGCUGCAUUCUCAAGAGCAUUCUCUUGGUAAUUGCCAUAGAGGAGCACCUGGGCUCUCUUGCAUGUCUCAUCAUUUUAUUGUUUGUACUGCAUAGACCCUUGGGAAGUUCCAGUUUGAGUGGAAGAGGUGCAUUCUUGUGCAUAAUGCCCAUGUGACCGUUUUGAGGAGGGCUGCCUUUCUCUUCUUUCUUUGGAAUGUACUCUGCCAGUUGGAAAAAUGUGUAGAGUAAAGAAAAUUUGGGGUACUUGAGAUACUUAUGCGUUUGAGGUGCUUGCAAUAGCUGUGGUCUCAGUGAUGGCCUUUAACUCUAGAAUCAGAGCAAGAGACCUCAAGGCUUAGAAGGUUUAGCUGGGACCACAACUAAACUUGAAUCUCCUUUGUCAACAAUGUGCCUUAUUCUGUGACCUCUGGGUUUGUCCCAUGAUGAGUUGUGGUUCAUCUUUUGACUCUUGGGUGAAAGUAGCCAUGCCAGGAACAAGGAGUAGCCUGGUGGCUAGCCUUUGUGGACAACACAUUUCUCUCAAUGUUAUGUCUUGCAGCCCUUCUAGAGCUGUUUCAAGGUGCUCACACACCCAACGUGAACUUUCUGUUGUAUUCGGUGUUGUGGAAUGAGAAUGUAAAGAAACACGUUUUGUGAGCCUUUCUCUUGAAAAUGUUAUUUGCGUUUGUGGCUUUUGCCCAGCAUGCUUUUAUCACCCCAAACUAAGAGUAAAUCAGUGUCAUCGUAAAACUAGAGCCCUGGAGUGCCUCCAUCGCUCUUUAGGCAGCUUUGCACACAUGUGCUGGAAGGGGCAGCCUUGCCAUAAGGUUAUGAGGGUGCACAACUCAGGCAGUGAACGUUAUACACCAGUAGGGAACGUAAGCUGAGCCCUGCAGCUGGGUCAGACCAAAGGAGGCCAAUCCAGUCCAGCAUCCUGUUCUUUCAAUGGCCAACCAGGUGCCUCUUCUGGGAAAGCCGUGAGCAGGACCUGAGCAUAACAAGGUCAUCAGAACUUCUUGGUCAACACAACCUUCUCCUAGAAUAAAAGUUAUAAAUGUCCCAAAUGUCAGCCAUUGGUAAUCUUAUUCUCCUCCAGGAAUUUGCCUUUUUAAAGCUGUCCAACUUAGUGUCCAUCACUACAUCUUAUGGCAGCAAAUGCCACAGUUAGAUUUAGGUGCUGUCACCUCAGCAACAUGUUUGUAGAAUCAAUUUUUAACUCAGGUGCAGUCAACAGCAGGAGGCUUCUAACAGGAAGCCUUCAUACUUAUUAAUAGGUAGCAAUCAUUCUGCAGUAUCAGGAAAAAAUAGAACAUCUCAUUUUAUCUAGAAAUAAGCAGAAAUGCAGCUUAGCCAGAGAGGAGGAUAUAUAUAACUUCUGCUCCAACAUUUGGUUGCUGCCAUGGAAUCCUGGAGACGUGGCUUCUUGUUUCUGUGUAAAAAAGCAAGAUGCUAGGCUUCGUGGUUCUGGAGAAAAGCAGCAACUGGCUAUCUCUGCAAGGCAGACUUCCAGUGUGCAAGGUGCAGUGGUACUUCAGUUGCAGUGGUACUUUGAGAAGCAACUGAAUCAUUCUUUUCCAGCAUGUGUCAAACAAUUUGGAGUGAUAGUACCCAACUGUUGCAAAAGACAAAUCCAGGCCUAAACAGUGGGCUGGGUAUGGAAAUUAGUAAAUAUGUAAAGGCUUGUGCAUCACAAUUCGUUCUAGGUACUGAUUUUGAGGUUUUCUUCAUCUAGAAUUUUGGGUAGAGGCUAGCACACUCAUAUGUCUCUCCCUUCUCCCAUUCCCUGUGUUUUAAUUAGUCAAAGCUUCUAAAACCUCUCUGAAAUCUCUGGCAAAUGAGCAACUUGGCAACCCAUAAGCUGAUGGGGUCAGAUUCCACUGGGGUAGAAUUCCAGUGCUGCAGACUGUGGGUUCAGUUUAGUGUUGGAUCUGUGCCUCUGCAGCCUCUCUUGAAAUAAAGAAAAGCUGGUUGUAUGCCAGCAGUGCCCUGGUGAGUUGGGUCCUUGAGGCAUUGGAGGAACAGUUUACUGGUCAGCAAAAUGGGGAUAAUACUGGCAACAGUAGCUAGAGAAAAAGGUUUGAAGGUGCUUAAGUAGAAGACAGAUGAGAAGUGUCUUAUCAGAAAGGUCCCUUCUGCAUAGGCCAUCUGGUUCAGCUUUCUCCCACCAGCUUUGCCUCUGGAGGGUCAACCACAAUGUGUUCACUUAGGCAGAAGACAGGUGCACUGCAGAUAUAUUUUGUUAAAGCACAUGACUGGAGCCAGAAGGAAAGAAACAGCCUUCAGGGUGCCAUUGCAGGGAUUGGGUUGGACUCUGUGCUUCCAAAGCAAAGUCAGAAAAGAUUAUCCUGUAUACCUGCUGCACAUUUUAUACCUAAAUAUCAGCUGUCCUAUAUUUAUAACAGUCUAAGUUGGGUUAACCUGUGGCCCUUCAGAUGUUGUUGGACUCCAACUCCCAUCAUCAUCAUGCUGCUUGAGGCUGCUGAGGUGCCAAUAACAUCUGUAGUGCCAUAGGUCAGCCGCCCUUGGUUAAAGAGACACCAAUGGGUUCAAGAGCCAAGAAGCCCACCUCUUGCGGAGUGUUGAUUUAUCCUUAAGUCGCGUGCAAGUUGGUCACUUGAAUACCACAGCAGCAAGCAUCAAACACUGGCAUCUGGUUGGCCACUGAGAACAAGAUGCUGGCUUAGGUGGGUCACCAGUUUGAUCCAGCAUCCCAUUCUUCUCAUGCUCUUAAUUCCACAGAGAGAAGUUCCAUAUUUCUUAGUGUUAUCUCUGACCCACACAUUUCCAUAGCAUCGGUUGACAUAUUUGCCUAGAGGCAUUGCAUAAUGCAAAAGGAAUAUAUAAGCUGGCUCACCUCUUCAUCUCUUUUCUUCAAAGUGAAAUAGAUUAAGCUCUCUAAGUCUUUUGGAGAUAAAUUUCCUAUCCCUGUGGUCAUUUCGCUCCUUAGAAUCAUAGAAUCGUAGAGUUGGAAGGGACCAUGAGGGUCAUCUAGUCCAACCCCCUGCCAUGCAGGAAUCUUUUGCCCAACGUGGGGCUCAGAUCCACACCCCUGAGAUUAUGAGUCUCAUGCUUUACCGAGCUAUCCUUCUUUGUACUAAAUUUACGUCAAUUGAAGAACCCUCUAAAUUAUCUUUUAAAAUAUCUAAUUUGACAACUAUAUCUUAAGAUGGCAAUGGAUUCCAACUCUCCAGGUGCCAGCAUUCCUGCCUCUCUCAGGCUGACUGUUUUGCAGGCAUCUCAGUAGACAACUCUCCCUCUUCUUGACUCCUAUUCUCUGCCUGUGACUAAUGAUGGCUUUGAGUGCUGUGGGUUAAUCUGUCUUCCAAGUGCUAGGAUUCUGUUGCCCAGAUCCAGUAAGGUAUGGCUUCACACAGAAACGGAUUCUGCCUACUAAUUGUUGUCACCACAUGGCCGAGAGGAGACAGCUUGGGUUGCACAUGGAGGUCUGGCUCCAACCCAGUAGGCCCACGACCAUUACUUGAUCUGCUUUCCUCCAAGGCUGAAAUUUGUCCUAAGCGCUCAAUCUUUCCCACAAGCUCUUAGGUUAGGGUGUAUGAGACUACAUUUAGCAAUGCAGCUAAUUAUCUUAAAGCCCUGCAAUAAAAUAUUGUAAUUACUUGUGGGAUUAUUUCUCACAUUUUUUAAUUAUAAGGGGAAAUAAUUUCAUAAAUGUUUUUGGCUUGAUAUUUUUUAUUUUUUAAAAAACAGUAGUCUUGAACUUUGACUAUUUCCCAUGUCAUUUCAAUCUAAUAGUAACACUACCACGUCAUGUUUAAAAUAUAUGUACCCCUCUCUUUAUAUAUAAAUAAUAGCCUUGCUUGCUAGUAAAAGUACAUGUGAAAUUUUAUACGUAGUUUGAUCAUGUGUUUUUUAUGUUGUAUGUGACUUAAUGACAGUUUCAUAUUAAAACUAGUCUUUCCUUAUGUACUGCUUACAUAUACCUGUUUUUGGGAUAUCAGUUCAGUACUUUUAUACAAUCUCAAAUGUGUUCCACAUUGGUGACAUUUAUUUUUGCAACAACUUUAAAUGAAAACGAAAUUAGAGCAUGUCUGAAAUAACACGUGCAGUAGAACUGUGGUGUGCGGCAAAGUUGAUGUAUGUAAUUCAAAUUGGAAACAAACGCCCAGACUUUGUCCAUUAUUAUUCCUUUAGUUCAGCCUUCCCCAACAACGUGGACCCUCGAGAUGUUUCUGGACUCCAGUUCCCACCAUCAUCCCUCAAGCCUGGUCAUGCUGGCUGAUGUGAGUUGUAGUUCAGUUGAAUGUCUGGAGGGUACCAGGUUGGGGAAGGCUGCUUUAGUAAGAAAUUUAAUUACUAUGUAAUGCAAAUGAUUUCAUAUCAUGGUGUGUGUUAAGCUACUCUAUGACGUAUAGGAACCAUGUUUAUGUCUCUGGAUAGUUAGCUGGUCUUACAUUACAAGCUGAGUUCUAGUAGAUGAUAGCGAGUGCAUCAACCAGUGUAAAUGCCUUAAGGCACACACAGAAUUUGUGUCUGAUCUAAAUGGUUAAAUGUUUCAAUGUGCGAUACUGAGAAAUGGGUGCCCAUUUGACUGCAUUACCAAAAUGACAAUCCUAUGUUUGUUUUUUCUUCAGGAUGUUCAUCAUAAAAAAAGAAAAAUGUGAGGGCACCAUAUCAGAAUUUUAAUUCACUGCUGGAAUUGUUAAUAUUUCAAUUCACUUUUCACAAAGUUGAAGACGGACAGAAUUAAGUGCUUGUAAAAUGAAUGUUAAUAAAGUCUUGUCAAAGUAACAAAGGAGAAUGGAAGGUGUUCUGUUUGUGCAUGAAGCACUGCAUCACAUACUUGCUUGUAUUAGGAAGUCAUUGCAAUACCCCCAGUAAUGCCACCUUUUGUCACAUCUUAAUUGAUCAUUGUUGUGAAUCUGAAGAAUCAGGAUGAAAAGAUUUUAUCCUGUUUAAUUCACAAACUGCUAGAUUUGAUGUUUACCUGACUGAAGUGGGUGCUUGCUGGAGUGGCAACCGUAUGAAGUUUAGGGAAGCUUUUAAUGUUUGAUGUAUUAUGGUAUUUUAAUAUUUUGUUGGAAGCCACCCAGAGUGGCUGGGGAAGCCCAGCCAGAUGGGCG